UUAAAGAAAAUGACAUAAAAUUUGGUGUUCGUGAUAGAAAAUUUUCAAAAUUUAAUUAUUUAAAUCAUUAAACAUAUUAAUUUAAAACUUUUAAGUAAAAAUCCUCUGCUUUUUAAUCUCAUAAUGGCAACAAAAGAACUAUUAGCGAAACUUCCAGAUAUACCAUUGGCAAAACCUGGUUUUGAUGCUCUGAAUAUGACAGCGCCAGUAUUAAUAUCGAUGAACCCAGAUGGCAAUUGGCAGAAAAGUAAACCAGACUGUUUAGACGAGGAACAAUUGAAAGCUGUAGUGGCAUACUUAGUUAAGUCUAAAGCUGUAACCGCAGCUCAAAGCUAUUGCUGCCAAUGCGCUUCUGAAGAGAUAAACGGAGGUGCAUCUAACUACGUACCGGUUAUAAUGAUGCCACUCUAUCCAGCUGACCAAUGUCCAUUCGAUAUGGAUUGUGAAAUCCAGAAAAUGAAAGAAUCAGAACCUAAGAAAAAAACGAAAGCUAAGGCUGUCGCUGAAGCGGAAAAAGAUGACAAAGAGGGUAAAAAGAAAAAGAAACGGGGAUAUGUAAUGCAGCGACUCAAUGAUUUCGAUUUGCUAUCACAGUGGUAAUUUUUAUAUGGUGUUGUCAUGUAAGUAUGUCAUGAGAAAAUAUUCAGGAGUUAUGAAAUAAAAAUGUUGAUGUUUUAUCUUUUCAA